UGCUCAACACAAGCUCUGAGCUCUGGCUGCGAGACCAGGGCCAAGAAGACACCGGAGAGGGGCUGGAUUUAAACCCGCCCUCUGGAGGGAUCUCGUUUCCCCCAAAACCUCCCAUUUUCUCUCACUCACUCUUCUCUGCCUCUCUUUCCUCUUUCCCUCUUCCUUUACCUUUAUCCCUCGACUUUCGCCGUGUCCCCAACCACAAUCAUGGAGCUCACGGCGAGAUGUUUGUUUCUUCUGUCUUGCCUCGCCGUGAUACUGGCGAUUGAUUUGGAAGCGAUUGACCCAGGGUACUAUGUGGAGCCUACUGCCACAUCAGAAGCGAUCGACUAUAAGGAUCCCUGCAAAGCUGCUGCCUUUCUGGGAGACAUUGCUUUAGACGAGGAGGACCUGCGGUCAUUCAAAGUGGACAGAAUAGUGGACCUGGCCAGUAGAACCGUGCAGUCUUUUAAUCAUACAGUCGCAAACCAUCAGAGUAGCCCAAAUAGACAAACUUCAAGUCGCAAGAAAAGAGCUGCUACCUCCAGACCUGAGCGAGUGUGGCCUGAGGGAGUUAUUCCUUAUGUGAUCAGUGGGAACUUCAGUGGCAGCCAGCGGGCGAUAUUCAGGCAGGCCAUGCGCCACUGGGAGAAGCACACCUGUGUGACCUUUAUAGAGCGCACUCAGGAGGAGAGCUACAUUGUCUUCACCUACCGACCUUGUGGAUGUUGCUCGUAUGUGGGCCGCCGUGGAGGAGGGCCUCAAGCCAUUUCCAUUGGAAAAAACUGUGAUAAGUUUGGAAUUGUGGUUCAUGAACUGGGUCAUGUGAUCGGUUUCUGGCAUGAACAUACGCGCCCUGACAGAGAUGAACAUGUCAGCAUCAUCAGGGACAACAUUCAACCAGGGCAGGAGUAUAACUUCUUAAAGAUGGAGCCUGGGGAGGUGGACUCUUUGGGAGAAGUCUAUGACUUUGACAGCAUCAUGCACUACGCCAGGAAUACUUUCUCCAGGGGCAUCUUCCUGGACACCAUUCUGCCACGAUAUGAUGUGAAUGGAGUCCGACCGCCCAUUGGCCAGAGGACCAGACUGAGCAAAGGGGAUAUCGCACAGGCACGCAAACUCUACAAAUGCUCCAGAUGUGGGGACAGCCUGCAGGACAGCAGUGGUAACUUCUCCUCUCCAGGUUUUCCCAAUGGAUAUUCAGCCUACAUGAAUUGCAUCUGGAGAAUAUCAGUCACGCCAGGGGAAAAGAUCAUUUUGAACUUCACCUCCAUGGAUUUGUACAGAAGUCACUUGUGCUGGUAUGAUCAUGUGGAGAUCAGAGAUGGAUACUGGAGGAAAGCACCCCUCAAAGGUCGUUUCUGUGGCGACAAGCUGCCUGAGCCAAUCAUCUCCACCGACAGUCGGCUAUGGAUUGAGUUUCGUAGCAGCAGUAACUGGGUGGGAAAAGGUUUCUCUGCUGUUUAUGAAGCCAUAUGUGGAGGGGAGGUGAAGAAAGACAAUGGCCAAAUCCAGUCUCCAAACUAUCCUGAUGACUACAGGCCCAACAAAGUGUGUGUGUGGAAGAUCACUGUUGCUCAGGGCUACCAUGUCGGCCUUACAUUUCAGUCUUUUGAGAUUGAGAGACAUGACAGCUGCGCAUAUGACUAUUUGGAGGUGCGCGAUGGGAAUUCAGAAAACAGUCCUCUGUUGGGCCGCUUCUGUGGCUAUGACAAACCAGAUGACAUUAAAAGUAGCUCUAACCAGCUGUGGAUGAAGUUUGUUUCUGAUGGCUCUGUGAACAAGGCUGGAUUUGCUGCCAAUUUUUUCAAAGAGAUGGAUGAGUGCUCCAAGCCGGACAACGGUCGCUGUGAGCAACGCUGUGUCAACACACUGGGCAGCUACAAGUGUGCCUGUGACCCCGGCUAUGAGCUGGCUGCCGACAAGCGCAGCUGCGAGGCGGCUUGUGGAGGCUUUAUCACCAAAUUGAACGGCUCUAUCACCAGCCCAGGUUGGCCCCGAGAGUACCCACCUAACAAGAACUGUAUCUGGCAGCUGGUCGCCCCCACACAGUACCGCAUCACUCUGCUCUUUGAUGUCUUCGAGACUGAGGGCAAUGACGUGUGUAAGUAUGAUUAUGUGGAGGUCCGUAGUGGGCUAUCAGCUGAUUCCCGGCUGCAUGGGAAGUUCUGUGGGGCUGAGAAACCAGAAGCCAUCACUUCUCAAUACAAUAACAUGCGCAUUGAGUUUAAAUCAGACAACACAGUGUCUAAAAAGGGCUUCAAAGCACAAUUUUUCUCUGACAAAGAUGAAUGUUCAAAGGAGAAUGGAGGCUGUCAGCACGAGUGUGUCAACACCUUUGGGAGCUACAGCUGUCAGUGCCGAAGCGGCUUUGUGCUGCACGAGAACAAACAUGACUGUAAAGAGGCUGGCUGCGAUCACACUGUCAACAGUGUAAGUGGCGUCAUCACCAGUCCAAACUGGCCUGACAAAUACCCCAGCAAGAAGGCCUGUACCUGGGCACUCACCACCACUCCUGGACACCGGAUCAAAAUUGCCUUUAAUGAGAUUGACAUGGAGGCGCACCUGGAGUGUGCUUAUGAUCACAUUGAGAUAUAUGAUGGCCGAGAUGGAAAAGCCCCAAGUCUGGGUCGCUUCUGUGGCACAAAGAAACCUCCUCCAAUCAUGUCCAGUAGCAACAAACUGUUCAUCCGCUUCUUCUCUGACAACUCGGUGCAGAAGAAAGGGUUUGAGGCCUCUCACACAGCAGAAUGUGGCGGACGGCUAAAGGCGGAAGUGAAGACCAAAGAUCUGUUCUCUCACGCCCAGUUUGGGGACAACAAUUACCCAGGAGCAUCUGACUGUCAGUGGGUCAUCUCUGCUGAGAAAGGCUACGGCGUGGAGCUCAUCUUCCAGACCUUUGAGAUUGAGGAGGAGGCAGACUGUGGAUAUGACUAUAUGGAGCUGUUCGAUGGGGCAGACACCAAAUCUCCACGUCUCGGGCGCUACUGUGGCUCAGGACCCCCAGAGGAGAUCUACUCGGCUGGUGACUCCAUUGUGAUCAAGUUCCGUUCUGAUGACACAAUCAACAAAAAAGGCUUCCACGUGCGCUACACCAGCACCAAGUUUCAGGACACACUGCACUCUCGUAAGUGACCAGCGGGGGCCGGAAGGGGCCGCGCGGGGCAAAGGGGCAAACGGAGGGGCCCCCCAGGGAGGCGCCAGCCUGCCGCUCGGAAACCUUCGGCCACCAAGAUGAACCAGACACGACAAAACAGCCGCAAGACCACCAACCGCACCUCAGCUCCUAGGGGCUCUAGCUCCCCCCACAGACUGUGAGGAGUAAAGCCAUUCUGCAGUUCACCUUGUUUGUACCUUUUUAUGGUUAGGAUUGGGAUGAGAGUGUGAAUGUCUGCUUCAGCAGACUGUAGGGGAAAGUGUAUCGACCCCUCAGAUAUUUUUUUUAAGCUUGUCUCUUAUUGAGAGGCAGAGCAGAAAACCGUGGAUUCUCAGGACCUGUUGGAAGGCAGGCAUCAGCUGGACAGAUCUCUGCUUUUGUCGGGCCAGCCCACCACAUUCAGGAGAGGAACAGGAAUCUUACCCCUCUUUUCCUCACUCUCUCAUCCCCUUGGUUCAAGGUUUCCUAUCCAUACGAGGAUUUGAGAACUUGUUGAAUUUUGAUACUGUAUGUCAGUCAAAUGCAUGUAAGGAUGGAAGAAAGCUGUACAGUGACAACACCAGCAUUAGUAUUUGGCAUUGUCCUGGCAGCCAGUGGCAAGAUUCUCAUUGUUACUGUUUAACAAGGAAUUUAAGGAAGCAAUUAUAAUUAUUAAAGGACUAAUACAUGAAAUGUGGUCCAUGUCUUCUGGUUGGUAAUUGCUGCCUCAUGACUGACUUCUUCUGUACCUCCAUGUAUAAAGUUAUGUGUGUGAACUUCAAAGGGAACAUGUGCUUUUCAGCUUGAACCAGUUAGCACUUUACAGUGAAUUGUUCCAAAACCAAGAGCUUAUGGAUUUUUGUGAAAUGCAAUGCCAGUUCACUUAUUUUUAAAUGCAUUUUAUCUCUUUGUUGUUUUUUAAUUGUUCCAUUCAUUUCCUUGAGCAUACUUGAACAUGUGCCCUGUUACAUGGGGCAAUAUAGGUAUGACUUAUGUUUUCAAUGUUGAUUUACAGUUUUGAUGUAAAAUUAUUUCUCUUCAGAGAAAAUGCCUUUUCUUGGUACAAUGAAGUAUUUCUCAAGAACCAAAUGAGCCUCGGUAUUUAUUGUUCAAGUAAUUACAUAAAUGAUGUAAAUGAAAAAGUACUGUUGAAAUUAACCCUACAAUGCCUUCUUAAUGUAUAGCCAUUGGUCUAUGUUGAAUACACAAUGUUGCUCACUGA